AACCUUUCCUUGCAUACACCUUUCUUUCAUCUUUCCAUCAACCACUCCCAUCCGCCUUUUUUCUCAUCCCGCAGGAGGCGCACUGCGAAAGAAACCAAGAGAUGAGCCAUAUUCCUCGGCAGCAGCAACAGCAGCAGCCCCCCUCAAGGUCGUCCUCGCCCUUCACACUCUCCACAUCUACAACGACCCCUACCUCGCCACGGACUCACACACGCACCCAACCCUACCACUCUGAACCCCUGCCACAGUCUCCGUCUCAGGCCCAAUUCCACGUAGACGCCGCCGCCAUGAAUACCAGGGGUAGCAUCCAUGCCAACAUCGGCGCCAGCACGAGAACUGUUGCCGAUCUCCAAGAUUUAUCUUCCAGGACACAGCAGCCUGUAUCUCCAAAACAAUUGCGAUCAUCCUUUGAGACACCACCCUCGUACAGCCCUAGUCCAAGUCCCGUCACCAACCGCCUGAGCGACAGUCAACUGCAGAUGAACGGUAACCGCAACGGAGCAUCCGAUCGCACACUCCUCCAGUUCAACACAUCCGAGAUCGAGCGCAGCUUCCAGGCCUUGCUCAAGAAGCAACCCGUCGCAACCGCUGGCCCCUCAGUCCUGAUCUCCAAAACUCAGAGACAACGUCCGCCCAAGGAUGUCAAACCCCGUCACUUUCUAUCCCCGAGUCCUCACGCGCACAUCCACCGGCCGCCGGGCAGGAAAACCAGCAAUAGCACUCUCAGCAGCAGUCUGUCGCACUCGCCCGUCUUCGGAUCACCUGCGUCUGAACAUGCAAGGAACUGGAUAAAGCACGUUGGACAGGAUCUGCUCAGCGAUUCGGAGAGCGAGCUGCGAGAGAGUGAUCUUGAUGCCUUUGAAGACAAUCAGCAACAGCAAUGGCAGAUUGAUUAUGAGCAUGAGGUUGCUGGUCAGGUUGAGCUCGAGACAGACGUAGCAACAGCGAGAAACUCAAUGAACGCACCGGCGCCUUCUUUGAAAAGCAGACUACAUCCCAUGUUCAUUAUGGCAGAUCCGCUGGAGUCAAACGAGCACGGACAGAAUUCAGGACGUGCUUCUCCCGCCUCCCGUCCAUUUAUUCGCAACAAGGACCAAUACAACGUCCACCCGCUAUCGCCUGUUCCGCCAUCGCCCAACUCAGGGAACUCGACACCCAAGAUGCCUCAAUCACGGUCGCCAGAAAUUAGACCGCAGGUCAUGUUAUAUCCAGCAGAUCUCCCGCUCCCACCACUCCCACCGCCCCCAACAACACUGCCCGACAAACCUCGUCCGCGUGUAAAAAAGCUCAUUCGACAUCCAGAUCCGCCUAAGAAGGCACCCAUGAGCAACCCUCCUUCGAUCAAGCUGGCUUCUGCUGUGCUGGAAAAGAAGCCAGUGUCCUUGACGAACCCACCACGAAAAUGUAUUCACCACGGAAAGAUUCUGCAGGUCAUCAACACCUCAACAGUCAAGGAUCGGUACCUGUUCUUGUUCAACGACAUUAUGUUAAUCGCCAAGCAUAUGUCAGAGGGGCAUCCGACGCUGGACAGUCGCUUUCAGGUUAAGGAUGUCAUUGAGCUCAAAAAAAUCAGCCUCAGUCUGACGCGCGAUAAAUACGACCCAAAGAAUGGCGAGGCAGGAGGGUUGGGCAACCGCAAGAUCCCACCGAUCUUGGCAGAGUUCAUUCAUACCUUUGAUCAGAAUCCAACGCGUGCUCUCAACACGUUUAUCAACAAACGAGCUCUUCAUCCGGAUCCAGCCUCUGUUGCACAUCUUUUGUUCAAAACACCGGAACUGUCUAAAACUCAGCUGGCACUCUUCCUUUCAAAUCCGGCCAACAAACAUGUCUACCGCUCUUUCUUAGAUCAGUGUCAGUUCGCAGGAGUGCUUUUGGAUGAGGCAUUGCGGACGUUGCUAGGCAGACUCAGUCUUCCGGAAAGAACAAGCGGUACGCAGCGUACUGGGGGGUCUUCGGAGCGGACUGUCAACAGUGUGGACUAUCUGUUGGAAGAGUUCACGAAACGAUGGUAUGAGGCCAAUGUCAAUGUCGUGGUCUUCGAUGCGUCGAUCGCACACAAACUGGUCAUCGCCAUGAUUGUGCUCAAUGCUCAGCUCCACAACAACGAAGGCGCCACUUUGGUCAAGGAUAGAGAGGAGGUUGGAAUCCUUGUUCGACCUCGAGUUAGCUCGCAGCCCUCUACUCCAACAAUACCUUCAACUCCCGUCAUGGAAUCCACUCUCUCUGUCCCAACCUCGUCUUCACUUCAGCAAUAUUUGACAAUGGAUUUAGAUGAUCUGACGACUUUCCCAACGCCCACAAGGGAGUCCUUUGUCGAGAUGUUUCAACUCCUGGAUCAGCAGCGGAUUGUACCAAGGGACACAUUAUACAACAUCUUUUCGUCCAUCAGUCAUCAGCCACUGGAUAUCGAUUUUGAAAAGCUGGAUGACCAUGCAACGAACCCUGACUCAGCUCCUGCUGUGGCGCGUAAGCUAUGGCCUGUGAUGAUGUCCCCAGCAAUUCUGCCUCCAAGACUGACGCUGAAGAUUCCAUCGGAUCCUAUCACCAUUACGAUCCCGGUAUUAAACCCUCACUUUUCGAUCCAUCUUGGUGGAAGGGACUUGAAAUGCGAACCAUCUGUGCUGGAGUUUGGAUCCCAUCGCAGCCAGAGGUUCAGGAUCACAGGAUCGGUGCCAGGAAAGAAGACGUUGACGAUUCAUCCAAAGCUCGUUGCGGAGAAAGGAACACCGGAGCAGUUCUACGACCUUCAAAAUCUGCCGACAAAGCAUACGAUCGCGAUCGAGCGACAGUUUAUGAGGCACACUUUCCAGAUUUCAUUGUUGAAUGAUCUCGGCACUAGAAGGCGCUACCUAUUCGGAACAUCGACUGCGGCAGAGAAGGACGAAUGGGCUAGCGUGCUCACGGAUUGUCUGCUGCAAGCCAAAGGACAGAACGCCGUGCGGUUGAAUGAACACACUGGACUGGAGCAAUCGAUUGGACUGCAAAUCUUGAAGGAGCUCCUGUUAGGAGUCGAGGGUUUAGAUGAAGAUGGGGUGGAGCCUUCACAGACGAAUGGGCAGGCAGAGCCCGUACCUUUACCCAUCCCAGUCGUUCCGCCACCGACUAUGGGACUCGGAAUUCCAAUAGAAGGCCAUGCUCUUCCAGGAAAAGCAGGGGUGUCACCACUUUCGGUAAUCAGCACCAGUUCCGCGGCUUUGCCCUCGGCAGCUGGGCAUCAGAGUCCGACUGUUGGAACAGGUGCUAGCACAGAGUGGCCGAGUUCACAGAAUAAUGUGGGACAGAGUUCUCCAAAGGACACAUGGUUGUGCAAGAUGCCGAAACCAGGAUCCGCUGUUCCUGAUCGGCAUGGCUGGGAGCUGGUCAGACUAGUGGAGCAGAACAGUCUUAUGGCGAUUAUGCUCGGAUUUAUGGGCGCAUUGGGUCGUGAUCGGUUGAGGCGAAUGGAAGCGAUCCGAAAGUCGAUGGAGGAGGAAGCAAGACAAGCAGAAAUGGAGGAAGACGAAGAAGAAUAUGAGCAGGAUGAGGAUGAGGAUGAGGAGGAAGAGUAUGAGGAAGAAGAGGAAUAUGAAAUCCGUACAGAGGAAGUGGAUGAGGACCAGGAUGGAUCUGGAGUGAUACAGGCGGUCGAGAUUAAUGUCGAGCAUGUUGCGGAUAUUCAGCAACAGGGUGCACAUGGACCCGAAGCAGUGUCUGUAGGACAAGCGACUACUUUUGAAGCCCUACUCGAAACAGAGAAAGAGACACCUAUUCUGGAGAGCUUAGAACGUGCCGACGACGAUCAGGAGGAGGAAGGCGUGGUAUCGGCUGUCUCUGGCCAUGUACGCAAGAUCAAAGGCGGAGAGAUCUGGUGGACGCAGUAAUAAAAUAUUGUUCUUGGACCAAGAUAAUAUGAAUCAAAAGACGCGACUUUUUUUUUUAUGACAAUGAAGUAACGAUUAUUCUGCGGAUAUUGCAACUUAGGCAGCU